GGCAGAGGCAUUCCGGUACAUGACAAAUGCCCUCGUGGUAUACACAGAUUCGGAACCAUUUAGGAGUCACAUAACUGCAGUUAGAAGCGAACUUUCACAGAUAACAAAGAUCUUUUCGGUCAACAGGUCAACGAUGUGGUCAUUUCAAAACCUGAAAAAGGUUACUGAAAUUUACAAUUUAAAAUCUUAUCCUAAACGUUACCCAAACGUUAAUCCCCUUUAUACAUGCGUAACCCAUGCUAAAUUUGAUUUGAUUGCAAAGACCGCUCAAGACGAUAUUUUCAAAACGAAAUAUAUCAUGUGGUUAGAUUUGGGAUACUUCAGAAAUCGCAAAUCACAUAAUAUUUUUCAUAUGUCUAAACCAAAGUAUUUCAAUGACUCAAAAAUAGCCAUGAAUCAAGUAAAUGGCAAAGAUGAUUCCAUCAGUCCAAAUACAAUCGUAAGAAAGAGUCUCAGGUAUGUAGGUGGUGGGCUUAUUUACGGGGAGAAAACACGAGUUAUUUUGUUGGUGGAAGAUUUUAAACGAGCCGUACGUUAUUUCCUUUCAAAAAAUGAAAUUAAUUGCGAAGAGCAAAUCCUUUAUGCGAUGUUUUCAAAAAGGGGAAGACAAAUACUGAAACCAAAUGUAGAGCUUCAGUUGUAUAGGACGAAAGAGAGAAAAUGGUUUUAUCUUGGUGAUAGUAUGAUUAUUGAAGAGAACGUUUAACACUAUUGAUAAAUGUUCAAAUUGCGAGGUU